CAGCACUUAACACACGACAACAACAAAAUAUUUAGGAAAAAAAAUUAAAAAGGAAAAGGCCAUGUCAGCUCCGCUAACCCGAAAUUGGCCUUAUCUCAGGCAGCAGAUGACAGCCCUGCUCCUUAAUACAUCGCCAGUGAUCACAGGAAUCUGCCUGGUCACUACUGUUGGUUACAUUUUAUCCUUUUCUGAAAUGGCCGUUCUGCUACUAAGUGUCACUCCAGGAUAUAUCUUGCCAAAUGGGAAAUUCUGGUUGUGGACCGCGUUCACAUUUUGGCUUAUUGAACUGCAUUGGUGGGAGGUGGCUGUUGACGUUGUCACCGUUGGACUAUGUGGAAAGAUGCUGGAGCCCCUCUGGGGUCAAUUUGAGAUGUUCAAGUUCUUUGCUUUAAGCAAUUUUGGUGUGUCGCUGCUCACUACGAUUUACUACCUUUUCUACUAUAUGAUUACGAAGAACCCAACAAUAUUGUUUGAUGUGCAUAUUCAUGGCUUGGCCGGAUAUGUGGCAGGGAUUUGUGUCGCUGUUAGACAAAUCAUGCCAGAUCAUUUAAUCUUCAAGACACGCUACGGACGACUUACAAACAGAAAUGUCCCUCUCACGGUUCUCAUCUUGGCUAUUAUAUGCUGGGCAAUUGGAUUUUUGGAUGGUACUUACCCUGCCAUGUUUGCCUCUGGAUCUUUGGUAUCUUGGAUAUAUUUGCGUUUCUAUCAGCAUCAUCCAAAUGGUCGUGGAGAUAGCUCUGAAAGCUUCACAUUUGCUAGUUUCUUUCCCAAUGUAUCACAGUCUUUUAUCAGCAUGUUGGUGAACCCCAUUUACAACUGUUGCCUACGCGCAGGCGUGGUCAAGACACCGACGCCCUUGAGAACGAUAUCAACUUCAAGUUUAACAUCGAUCUCUGUGCAAAUGCCAGGAGUGGAUCCGCAUGAUAUUGAAAGAAGACGACAAAUCGCUCUAAAGGCUUUAAGCGAGCGAUUGAAGGCCACGGAUUCCAGCCGGCACUCUCAGCUGCCAAAGUCAUUUCCACAGCAGCAGCAGCAACAUCAUCAUCAUCAACACCAUAACCAGCAUUCACAUCACCAUCAGCAAAAACAUCAUAGCGGUCACAGCAGUCAUGGUCAUAGCCAUAGUCCUGGUCAAAGCCAACCACAACCAGACUUUCUCAAGCCCAGCAGCAGCACUUCCAGUUCGCAGCUGCCCAUUACAUCGUCGCGAUCUGAGCCGCGUAUGAUAAGCACAAUGAGCACUAUUGCAAUACCCAUGCCUGCUCCGCCACCCAAAGAGGGGGCACAUGAUGAAGAAGGCAACGAUGUUUCUAAAUCGACUUUAAUUAAUUUGGACGACGUCGCAUCCACGACAUCAUCGACGGCUUAGAUGUGUGUCUCCAUCUUAACAUAAAUUAAUUCCUUUUGAUAUUUCUAUUUGAUCCUCUUCAUAUAUUUAACAUUGUCUAUGUUUUCGAUUUUAAUUACUGCUUGCCCUUGCACUAUGAUGCAACGGAAUACCAAAAAGAAAAUAUUUCUGUUGUUGUCGUCCUUAUAUAUAAUUGAAAAAAGAAAAUAUGCUUUAUUUAGUUAAAUAACUGUAAAUAUAUAUAGAUAUUUAAAAACCC